AACUUUGGUAGAGUUUAGUUUGGAUUAAAACAUCGUAUAAACAUUUUUACGUGUCCUCGAAACCAGUUUCCCAUUAAAAAGAAAUUAUCCGCAUCGUCUGUAACGGUCGCGCAACAGAAAUUCGGUUAGCAGGAAAAUGUAAAAUCCUACCCGAAAUAACGUUUUCCUUCUACAGGACGUGCCUUUUUAGUAAACAAAAGUCUUAUUGAUUUGUGACAUGUGUCAUUAAAGUCAUGCGCCGAUAUUGUGUUGUUUAUUUUCUGUUGUUGUGAUUUGUGAUAUCUGUAAGAAAUGAUGCUGUUUUUGUGAUAUGGCGGAGAUUAAGCCUUUAUAUUCGACAUGUGUUGCUGUUUUGGGAUUUAUCUGCUUCGUUGUUGGCGCUACUGCUGUCGGGAUACCGAUGUGGGGAUAUUUUAAUACACCUCGUGGAGGUUUCGGAGAGGAAGAAGGAUAUUUUGGACCCUGGAAAACUUGUAAAUUUUUAUUGUAUAAUAGAGAAAGAUGUGGGAACGAUGCUUCCAGAUUCAGGCCAUCAAUUGCUGUUUGGGUGGCAGGCUUGAUAGCAUCGAUUGGAGUAGCAAUUCUUGGAGUAUUUUGCAUAUUAAGUGUUCUUCAAUUGGCCAUGUUGAAUUCAAGGGAUCAAGUUGUUAUGAAAUAUAGCAUCGUUGUAAUAACCAAAGUUGGUUUAGGUUUAUUAUCUGCUUUAUUGGCUAUCGCUGCCGCAGGUAUUUUUGCUUUACAAAUCGACGAUAGAGAGCAUAAUGGAUUUGAAAUAACCCGAGGACCUGCCUUUUAUAUUCAAAUUUUAUUAAUUAUUUUGAACUCCGCGUUAUUCGUAAUGGCCCUCUAUGAUAUGUUUUUCGCACGAAGAGAAGGAGGAGACCCAACGACAGUUUCUGUACCAGUAGAAUCAACCACGUAUGGUAAUCCUGGUUUCAGGGAACCGGGGACUAAUGGAGGUGGUGUUUCAAUGACAGAUGCUAGCGGUAAACCUUAUGCUUCAAAUGGCAGUAUGGCAUCUAUGAACACGACUUCUACCACCGUGGGGUCGACUAAUGGGUCAACGGUAACAUCCUCAAUCACAAGAUCACCUUUGAGGUCUAGUCUUAAGAAACCGAAACCAAAAGAAGGUCUAGGGAUUCAAAAUCCGGGAUUCUCGGGAACAUCACCAACAAUGACAAGAAACGGUAGUCAGAAAAAAGUUAGGAUACAAACUACAAGCACUGAAGUAUAAAGGGCACAAAGUAAAAUUAUUAUUUUUAUGAAAAAUUUUUAUUGUGGUGACAAAUUCGUUAUCAGUAGAGUUUAUUUCGAGAAUUAUUAUCUUGGAUGUUUAUAUGAAUUUUAUCAUUGGAAAUUGGUAUUUAAUUUAAACAAAUAUAGUGACAUGCAAUUAACAUCAAAAUAGUCAGUUAUCUUUCGUAAUUUACAUAACUAUACUCUCUUCUAGCAACACAUCUGUAGAGAUAGACUUUUCGGACAUUGAUUCUGUUAUUUUGUACUGGUUUAUUAAACAGAAUCAAACUAGAAGGAGUGCAUGGCUAUUAUAAUUAUGAAUGAUGAUAAUUUCUCAAACUUAUCCAAUCGAAUUAAUAUUAUGUAUUGAAUACAUUAAACAAAUUCCAUUCCUUUAUUCACUCAUAUUUACAAUAAAUAUGAAUAUCAUUCCACCUCUAGGGUGUUCAUAUAGUGUUAAGAAAUAAAAAUUGUAAAAUACAUAAUUUUUAAAUUAAUUACUACAAAUUUUUUAUAAAAUAAAAAAAGUGUUAAAAGCCAACAUCAAUUUGAAAUUGAAUUAUUUAUUAUGUUAAUGUUAGGAACCAAAAUGAUAAAUUCAAGUGUGGAAUGAAGUGAUUUGAAAGUGAGAAAAAUGUAAUACAAUUUUUUCUUCUAAUUGUUGCUAUAGGAUAUACUCAAAAAUAUGUUGCAACAAUCGAAAAACAUCUUAUUUUCAAUUUUAAUGUCCGUUAAAGUUCAUUAUUUCGUAUCAAUCUCAAUAAUUAAUGUCGAAACCUUGUAAUGUAGGCUGGUAACACUUUUUUGUAAUUGGAAUUUUAUCUGGCACUAAAUAUCAAUUACAUUUAAAAAUCGAACAAGUUGUCGAAGAAAGUGAAAUUUUUAUAUUAAUAAUGUUAACUUUAUAAGAGUUAUACUACAUGAAUAGUUGUACUUAGAAUAUACUUAUCAUUACUGAAAAAGAUGAAUUUUGCAAUUAUUAUAGUACAAAUUGAAUUAAUGUACAGGAUGAGAUAUGAAAAUGUAUCUCUUACAAAUCAUCAUAUCUGUCUGUCGUGUGAUUAUUUCUCAAAUAUAACUUCUUCAUGUCAUGCCUUCAUUGAUCUGAUUUUAUUAAAAUUCUUGUACUUCUUCUCAUUGAAGACAUGAAGACAUGAAACAAUUCUCCGACGCUAAUAUUUGUUCAUUCUCUUAUGUUACGGAGCCAAGAUUUUCUCUUCCUGGCGAUGUCUUUCUUUCCGUCUACUCUGUCCUGCAUUAUAUUCUGUAGGAGUAGGUAUUUGUCGUUGCGUAAGAUGUGUCCUAUGUGAGAUGUUUAUCUUAGCUUAAUAAUUGUCAAUAACUUUCUUUUGCGACCAAUGCGUCUUAGUUCUUUCGUUUAGAUGGAACUAAUCGAAAGAGGAAUAUAUAGACAUCCGAGAAAGGAAUGAAAGGGUGAGGAGGAGCUUACGCUCUCACACGUAUGAAAACUUAAUUUAUUCUAAUGAAACAUAACCAAGCGAAGUAUGUACAUAUUUUCACGAAACCAGAAAAAAUUCAUAUGGAGUUUUUUUGAAAGAUUGUGCUUUUGAGAAACAAACAAAAACACAUAUAAUCGAAACUGACCCAUACUAACGUCGAUAGAAAAUAAUAAUUUUAUAAUUACUACAUAUGUAAUAUAUUUAGUAAAUGAUUUGAACAAUUAGAGGUGGUUGUUAGAGGAUGAGGAAAAGGAUCUAUGAAUAAAAUUCAUUGACUUAAAUUCUUCCAAACUGAAAUAUAGAAUUAAAAAAAUAAUUUAUUUUAUUUUCGGAAGUGUUUAUACAACAGCUACUUAUUAGCCAUAAUAAUUAAUUAACGAGAAACAUAACAGAGUGAUUAGCAUUUUCCAUAUUGGUAGGGCGAAUAGUAUGGGAUAAUGACAGUAUUUUCUCAUGUCAGCAGUUCAUUUUCAUCAACAACGUAUGAAAUUUGAGGAGCACUUUACAACAUUCGAUAGGUUUUCUAAAUGUAAAUUUAUGGUAGGUGUUCAUGCGUAAGAAAUUAUAUCUUUUUCGGUGGUGAAGUGCUAUCGGUUUUUAUUAUCAAAUAAAACAAUUUCUAUCCCAAAAGAAUUUACUUUCUGGAUAUAAAAUUGUAUCUUUCAUGUAUUGAAUGAAUAAAUGAUGUUAGGGUUACAAAAAAGAUAUUGAUACAACUAUGUGUAUAAGCAUUUGUAAAUAAUAAAAUAGAAGAUAUAUUUUCAAAAUAAUAUUCAUCCUGUACUUCACUUGUGACAACUUAUCACGAAUGAGAUUAAAAAAAUUGUAUUUUUUUAUACGAGUAUAUAGUGAGACUCUUCCACAUAAAUAAUGUGUUGAUGGCUGUAUUUUGCUUUUGAUGCAAUUAUAUACAUUUUGGGGAUUAUUUCAAAUGAAUUAUAUAUUAUAAUAAAACAAAUUAUAUAAUUAUUAUAAUACAUAAUAUAAUUUCUUUUCAUUUUAUUAUAUCAUAAUCCGUCCAUGUAGUAUUAAGAAAUGUUGCUUUUUUUGUGUUUAACACAUCCAUAUAUUUUAUUGAUACCAUUCCAAGAGUGGCAGGUUUAAUUAAUAUAGAACAUGUUAUUGUUAUGAUUUAGGUUAAUUUCAAGGUUGGUAAUUAAUUUAAAACACUCACGAUUGUCUCCAAUACAACAGAUAUUAAUUUUAGAAUAAAUUUUCCAACAAGUUUUAGAAUUUAAUAAUUGUUUUCAGGAAUGAAUACUCGUAACUGAAGUGUGAGGGAAAAAAUCCACGAAAUUCAGAGAAUUAUCAAACAGUUUGAAUAACGUACUAAAACAAACACGACAUAAUUUUAACUCAGACUUGGUGACCACUCCUCAUUCUUCCAAUUCCAUAACAACUCAAAACAUUUAAUUAUAUUAAACAAGUUAUAUAAUUUGAUAAAAAUUGAGGUAUUAUAGAAUCUCUUAAUCUAGAGGUAUUUUAUUGAAAAUGGUGGUCCAAAAAGUCGUGAAUUGAUAUAUAAACAUUUUAAAAUUUCUUCUAUUAGUCUUUCUUUUGUAUCCUAUUCAAAAGUAAGAUAAGAAUAUUGUCCUCAUUAAGUGUUAAAUAUUCCAACUUUAUGAUUUUUAACAAAAUCUUCCAACAAUACUCUUUCCAGACUUUCGCGAGACGCCUUCUAGAGGCUCUCGAUGCGAGUCUUAGCGAGAAGAGGUGGUAGGAGUGCUGGCCAUCCACACUCUUGAUUCAAUCAAUUGCCAGUUACGUUUACCACAAAAUAGACGUGAUUUAAAUAUAUAUCUAUAUCGUUUAACUAAAAAAAGAAAAUCUAAACGAAAAAGAUAUACCACAACAGGAUGAUGUACCUAACUUUAUCGGAUAACACGCAUCAAUCACUUUAUUUUUACCCUUGAAUUUUUUUAUUGCAGUUGAUUGCUUUAAUUUGGUAUAACUCUAUAAAGAUGCACAAAUCGUUACUCCACUCCAUCAUGUUGUUGUUACUGUGAAGAAGUCAACACAAAAGUGAACGGGCGUGAGAGUGUGGUAGAUUGCCUCGCCUUGUCCCCUCUCGUUAUUUGACUCGAGCGGAGCCAAAGCGACGUGAGACACUCCCUUAUUACAUCAUGUUAACCUCGUGGAGAGUCUGGAGCAGUAUUAAUUAUACUUCUAGUGUACGACAUCACAAUUUAUAUUUUAAGAAUCUUUCUCAUUGUAUUUCUAAAAAUUUCCUGGUUUACCCUUUUCAAAAUCUUGUCACUUAAUAAUGGUGAAGGUAAAUAUAGCAGCUUUAUCAUUGUUCUUUGGUAGUUAUGGAAAAUAUUGAAAAAUAUUUGGUACAUAAUUCAAACUAAAAAUGAAUUCACUUCUUCAUACAAGACCAAUAUGAUAUGCUAUCAAACGGGAUCAAACUCUUAAAAUUAUCAAUUGAAUACAAAACACAAUAUUCCAAUGCUUCCAAAGUUGGUAAUAUCAAUUUGAUUCACGAGUUUUCAAAUUUCAAUCUUGAACAGCACUUCACGAAUAACAUAUAUUCAUAUUAUUCCCCGUUUGAUCCAAAAUUAAAUAUAUUUCUUCUGUUUAUGCCUUGUUUAUAUAAAUAUGGUAUGAAUGAAGAUUUAUUUAUUGGAAACAAUUAUAAAAUUAUUCGCAACUCACAUUCCACAAAUAAUAAAAUGUUAAUGGUUAUGAGAAUUAUUCAAUUUCUUAUUUUGUUGAACGAUCAUGAGUGUUUUGGACUGUUUGCAGAACAUACAGAGAGUAAAUAUGCACAAAAUUGUUUCUAUUUGUAAUGCUCAAAUAAAUGAAUGAAAAAUAUAUAUCUAAUGUAGGUAUUUGAUUUAUGUACAAUCAAUAAAACAACAUUCUAAAACUAUAUCAAUAUUAUUAAUAGUACACCAACAAAUAUAUUUUCUGAACACACUAUAAUAAUGCUUAUACUUUUUGAGUGAGUAAUAUGGUUCCACUUAAUUGAAUCACACAAAUUUUAUUGGAAAUUCUUCCAAUCAAUCUGUAUACGUAUUUAACAGUACAAUUUAUUAGGAUUCAAAAUAUCAAGUUUUUCACAUUCAAUGGAACUGUUAAUUUGGUAAAUAAUAGAUAUUAAGAAGAUUUUUUAUAUAAAAGUUGUACAUCAUUUAACAUAUUGUAGUAUUCAUAUUUGUUAGUAACUUGAACAAAAAUAUUAAUGAAAAAAGAAGUAGGACACUAUUAGGAGUAUAUUUGUAUCUCUUGGUAUCUAGUUUCGGCAUUAUGAAAGUUAAGCAACUAUUACUUAUAUCAAGUGAUUCACUUGAUGCCGUAGAUGAUGUAUGCAUCACCGAUUUUGCUAUAUUGUUUGGACCAAUGGUGGGGAGUAUACCUAAGCUUGUAAUUUUCAAAACGUUGAGGAAAUACUUUACACAUAAAAAAUAAAUUUUUGGUCUUUCAGAUUCUACUCUAUUUUUUCUAAUACAUGCAUAUCUCUUCGAAACUUAUUUGAUGAGUUUUUUGAUAGUAUUACUUUUUAACAUAUUAACAAUUUAUUUUAUAUUUUAUCUGCAGCUUAUUUGGAUCAAAAUUGAGUCAAAACCUACGAGUAGAAUAUGUUAAAUAUAAUUAGAAAUUCAAUUUUCCAUAAAUUAAGUGCAAAGCAGGGUCUCUACAUUUCAUAGAUAUUUCAGAAUCUUGAACAAAUCCAUAUAAGAAAAAUUUCACCGUUUUUUCAAAUCAAUAUUCGAAUAGUAAAGGCUAUGCUCAUGAUUUUGAUGGAAAUUUAAGGUUUAGAGAUCACGCUGUACGCUUGAUACUAAGAUAAUGUUUGAAUUUCCUGUAAAUUAUAUUCUACAAGUUCUACUCGAAGGAUCAAUGGUUUGGACGCAAUUUUUAAUCUUAGGAAAACUAUUUAAUCUUAAAGGGCCGUUAUACUGUAUAAAAUCACGCUGAAUACAUAGAGCAAAAGUACAAAAUAAUUUUAUGAGAAUUGGAAACUUGAGCAUGCGUAAUCCUAAUAGCUCCAAACAAGAUAGUAGAUAAUCAUAGGUGGUUCAUGUUUUUUUUUUUCAAUUUAUUGUUGGAGUGGGCCAGCUUAUAAUUCUGUUAUACCAUUAUAUUACCCAUUUGUUCUGGUUAUUGUUACCUUUAAAGUUAUUUUACAUAAUUUUACACCAUAAUCAUUCAAACAGUAUAUGAAAAUUAUAUGGUUUUUGAGUAUUUUAUAACAACUAUGAAAUAUUGUUUUCCGUUAUCCUAUGACGUAUGAGUUGUAUUUUUUGUAUAUAUAAAGUUUUAAUAAAUUUAUUUUACAUACGCUA